UUGAAGACACUAAAAGGAACUAGGAAGCUGCAUUCCAUCAAGGGCACACCAGACGGAGCUGUAAUGACAAGAAACUUGUCAUGUUUUUGUCACUCUUGCCUUGCCUCUGCUGAAAGUGGGUGUGUGAAUGAGACUAUGUGGACAAAAUGCAGAAAUCUGUCAUUUUCACCAGACCACCGAAAGUUCUUGAGUACAACCUCCCAACCGACUCAACACCGACUGCUUCCAGCAUCUCAUCCAGUGUUGCAAUCCACAUUGCAUCUAGCAAUGCAGUCGGCAACGCAUCCAGCAGUGCACCCAGCAUCAGAUUGGGCAACGCAUCCAGCAACCCAUCCGACACCGUAUCCGACACGGCAUCCAGCAUCGCAAUAAAUGAUUUUGUGGCAGUGCAGGUCUCCUGUGUGGGGAAGCAAAUGACGAAGAAGAUGCAUAUCGCAAAGGUCAUUAACAUUCUUCCAGCGGACCAGUUUGUGCUUUCAUACAUGAUGCAAAGCAACAGCCAUAACAACCUGUACACGUGGCCGCCUGGAGAGGAAGUUUUUUUUGUUCACCCUAUAUUAGAUAUUAUUUGUGUGCUCAAAGAGUCACUUACAUUUAUUGGUUCUCGUAUGUUUUCUCAAUUUGACAUGUCUCACGCUCAGCAAAAGUUGUCUUGCACAAACGAACAGUAAUUUUUAACUAAUAAACUGCAUGCGGUAUGAUUUGGAUGUACAUGUAACGGGAAACGGUUUCCCGUUACAUCCACACCUUCGUCAUAAACUGACGCUGUACUUGCAUUUGUUAAUGUUCCCAUAAAAAGUGUGUUUCUUAUUAAUAGGGUGCUUAGUCUAACAAAUCAUUGCCUUUAUACUACACAUGGUUUUGUUUUACAUCCACGCCCUGUGAAUUCCUUAACGAUAAUAACAAAGGUGUGUUGUGUUGGCAGAUAUUUUGCACAGAAUCACUGAUAUACAUACUACACAUGUAUAUCUAACUAAAAAAUGUGGGUUAUGUUGGCAUAUAUUUUGCACAGACAGACUGAUGACACAAUGCAUCUUGGCUAAAAACUGUUUCUGACUUUUAACUUAUAAACUGCAUACGAUUAGAUUUGGAUGUACAUGUAAUGGGAAACGGUUUCCCGUUACAUCCACACCUUCUUCAUAAACUGACGCUGUACUUGCAUUUGUUAAUGUUCCCAUAAAAAGUGUGUUUCUAAUUAUACAUGUACAGUGUAGUAGGGUGCUUAGUCUAACAAAUCAUUGCCUUUAUACUACACAUGGUUUUGUUUUACAUCCACGCCCUGUGAAUUCCUUAACGAUAAUAACAUAGGUGUGUUGUGUUGGCAGAUAUUUUGCACAGAAUCACUGAUAUACAUACUAUAUCUAAAAAAAAAAAAUGUUUCCCAGUUUAUAAUUACUCUCGUGUUGAAGGGAAAAGUUUUUGGGAGUUGAUGUUUAGCUGGUAAAACUGAAAACUAUACAUGAUGUAUGAUGUGGUUUGGAUGUAAUGGGAAACGGUUUCCUGUUACAUCCACAACCUCUUCAUUAACUCUUGCUAUACUUGCGUCAGUUAAAACACUAAUUAAUUUUCUGGUAAUUUCUGUCUUAAUAUGGAUCGACUGUUAUGUGAAAAUUAAUAAAUGAAAUUAUCAAACACAGAAGUGUUAAUGCUUAUGAUGUAUAAAAACUUUGUUUUAGUUUGGUUGGAACAAGACAAGAAAAUACUUUGAUUGUAAACGACAACAAAAUGUUUUGGGCAAUGGGAGUCUCAAAUUCUUUUUAAAAAAUUUUUUUAUGAAAGGUUCACCCAACCUCAAUUACUACAUAACCUUUCGAUGAUGAAAUAAAUUUUCUAUAUGUUCUGAUAGCUUCAACUAAAAUAAAAAUAGUUUCCAAUGUUACAUCCAGAACCUUCUAGUCUUCACUAUAUUCGGUGCCUAAUUAUAGUUUGUCUGUCAAUGUUAUCAUUUUCAUUUUUUUUUUUAUGUGAAGUAUAAACAAUCAGCUAUCCAAAUGUGAGUCUUUCUUCAAAAUCAAAGAAACUUGAAUUUUUGGCCUGUAUGUCACCAUUUGUUCCUCAACUUCAUGGAAAGACCCAUAUGUAGACGACUAACAAAAUAAAUAAAUAAAAAGGUGUACAGCUCUUGUUUUGCUCUUCAAAUAUGAUGUGCAACUGAAUGGUUGAUAAAUUUGAGAAUUUGUAACUGAAAUGACAUCGACAAUGUGGCAGGACAAAUUGUAACGCGUGUUGCCGUAACGCACACGUGUUACCUUAAAUUUUGAGAUAUGUAGAGCAAAACAAUAAAAAAGGUCUAUACUUACUAUUUUGCUCUUUAAAUAUAAUGUGCAACUUAUAUUGGUCAAGAUUUUAGAGAAAUUGUAACUCAAUAAUUGAAAUGACUUACAAACAAUGUAGCUGGGAAAAAUUGUAACGCGUGUCACCAUAACGCGUGUUACCGACUAUUUUGCAAUUUUCUAAAAAAGUAACACUUGAUAUUUUUUUAUUACUCCAGUUUAAUAAACCUUAGCAUAGUACUUGAUGACAAUAUAAACCAAUUUGUUGUAGACUGGUUACUUUAAGGACAAAAUUGAGAUAAAGUUUGAUAUUUUUUUGGCCUUUCCAUUCAGCGUAACGCGUGUUACCGAUUUUUUCUGAGCUCUCUCAGCUAAACCAGUUGAUCUUUCAUUUUUGUUUGAUUAUUGGGAUCUAGCCUAGAACCUUGGGUUUACAAAAGAUGAACACUCAAAUCAAAUUAGUCUUGCAGCCAGAGAAUGGAGAAUGAUGAAGGACCCUAUAAAACGUAAUGCGUGUUACCGCGAAAUCGCCCACUUGCAUAUUGUACUUUUACAUAGUGUGCAUGGUGUUAAGGGCCUCGAAUUUAACACUGGACCACAGGCCCAGUUAUAUUAGCCCCGGACCAGUAAACUUUCGACCGAAUAGCUUUGGCAGU